AUGAUGGAAUGCUUGGACGAGAUUUUGAAGAAAGACAUCGAGCAGGCGUUUAGCAACCAAAUCAUCUUUAAAGAAGGGGAUUAUGGGAAGAAAGUUGAAACAGACACGGAAAAAAUCAAAGCAUUUUUACAGACGGUUCCUUCGGAAUCUUUAGACUUUGCCCUCCAGACGCUAGUGAAAUGCAUUUAUCUUCAACGCAAUAAAAAUCGUCUCCAACUUUUGUGUAAGAUUCUGGAAUCACUCGUCGAAACAAACACAAUCUCGGCUAAACCAGUCAGCGACCAUCUUUUAGCUCACGAAGGAUUGACAUACACAGAUGAACUUCAUUGGAAAGCCACGUUUAAGACACUACGAAACAUUGUGGGCGGAGUUCAUUACAAAGAGGCCAGAGAUUUGUUGAAAAUUGUGUUAGAAAAAUGUCAAGAGAAGACGACGGAAACUGCAGGAGCUCAUGCCACUGCCUUGAACCAAAUUGAUGAAUCGUUGAAAGUUAUAGAAUACAUUUUAGACAGAAACGCUUGUCUGUUGCCAGGAUACUUCGCCAUGAACGAAAUCUCCAAGGUGUGCCUGUCAACGCAAACAUGGCCGCAUUGGAGACUAGGACGUAUUUUAUCAGACUAUAUCACCAGUUUUGAAUUCGCUGCUCAGAUGGUGUCAAUCUGCGGCAGACGUGAGCUACUUCCUGUGGUUGGACACUCCAUUGCUACGAAUAAUGUCUGGCGUUUGAAUUCCUACACGUUGGCGUUCGUUCUGAAUGGACCGUUACCCUACGAAAAGGAGCUGACUGAACCACAAACUGCAUUGAUGCGAUACGUUCUCCAACAACCAUAUUCCAGAGAAAUGGCGUCCAACAUGCUUGGUCUGAACAAACAGGCUAAACAACGCUGUGAGGCUUUGGAGAAUCAACUGGUAGAUCAGGUUGUCAUGGCGAUAGAAAGAUGCGAGGAAGGUCACGAAAGUGGUGGAGAAAAUGAUCAGUUACUAUGGCAACAUCUUUCAAGUCAGCUGAUUUAUUUUGUGUUGUUUCAAUUUGCUAGUUUUCCUCACAUGGUGACCUCUCUUUAUGAGAAGCUGAAGGGGAAGAAUUUGAAAAAGGGCAGAGACAAUUUGAUGUGGGUCCUUCUUCAGUUUAUAUCAGGAAGCAUUCAAAAGAAUUCUUUGGCUGAUUUUCUCCCAGUGAUGAAACUGUAUGAUCUGCUGUAUUCUGAUUCAGAAAUCAUCCCAAUUCCAGACGUCACCAUGGCUCACUGCACCCAUGCUUUUGCUGGAACCUGCAUCUGGAUUCACAUUGAUAAGAAAGCACAGUCAGACAACGUUCAACUCCAUCGACCAAUUCCUCUGGCAUUACGAGAUCAUUUGCAAUUCCUGGUCCAGACUCUAAACAUGAAGAACUUGGUAUUAAACGAUUUCAAGGUUGCUCUACUGUGUAACGCCUACAGCACUGACACAACUCGCUUCAGCAUACCAAUGGGACAUCUUCUAGAGUGUAUCUAUGGCAACAAUAAAACAACAACGCUGCUGCCUGGAAACGUUGUUGCAUCUGCACCUAUUCAACCUUUGUCGAUGAGUCUGUUGGAUUCAUUGACAGUUCACGUCAAGAUGAGUCUUAUCCACAGCAUAGUUUCAAAAGUGAUGAAGCUAGCCAAAUCCAAGUCACAUGUGGCGUUAGCUCCUUCCCUGGUCAAAACGUACAGUCGGCUGUUGGUGUACACUGAGAUCGAGUCUUUGGGAAUCAAAGGAUUCAUCGGACAGCUGCUUCCGAAUGUUUUCAGCUAUAACGCCAUUGGGAUCAUCCAUACUCUGUUGGAGAUGUUCAGUUAUAGAAUGCAUCACAUUCAGAUCCAUUAUAGAGUCCAGCUGCUAAGUUAUCUGAAUUCCAUGGUCAAUAUCCAACCUGCCAAUCAAAACCAGCUCCACCUCUGCGUGGAAACGACAGCGUUGCGUCUCAUCACCAGCAUGGGAAGUGCAGAAGUCCAACCACAUCUGUCAAGAAUCUCCAACGAACCAAAAGGAAUCCUUGCAGGAGAGUCAGAAGAGCUGAAUAGAGUCUUAGUCCUCACCAUUGCCAGAGCCAUGCACAUAACAGGAGCUGACAGCUUCUCCACUAACUGGGCUAAAGACAUCUUGAUCUCUGUGGUCCAGUCCACCCCUCUCGGCUGGCCACAAGCUACUCUUCAAUGCUUUCCCACAAGCUUGAGUGACUUCUUCAAUCAAACUCCAGUCCAGAGAGAAGACAAGAACGUCCUGAAGAAGACCGUAGAGACGGAGUACCGGAAGUGGAAAAGCAUGGCGAACGAAAACGACAUCAUCUCUUUAUUUUCCAUGCAGGGAAAGCCACCCUUGUUCCUCUGCAUCAUUUGGAAGAAUCUGAUCGAAGAAAAAAGAGUGACGCCGACUGCUUACAAAGUUCUGGAUCGUCUGGGACCAAGAGCUUUGGCAACUCAUUUGAGGACUUUCGUGGACUUUCUGGUAUACGAGGUCUCCCUUCAGUCGCAGCAGGUCAAUCGAUACGUUGAAGCCGUUAACGACAUGAUUUGGAAAUGCAACAUCAUCACCAUAGACAGGCUCAUCCUGUGUCUGGUAUUGAGGAACAUGGACUCCAAGGAAUCGACCUUGAGAUUCGUCUUGACGCAGCUGAUUCUCCUUCAAGGGAACGACUUCAAAGAAAGAGUCCACGAGUUUGUCAAAGACAACAGUCCUGAGCAUUGGCAAUCCACCAACUGUCACGAAAAGCACAUGAACUUCCACAGGACCUACCCGGAGAAAUUCUACUUUGAAGGUAUCCAGGACAUGAACAGUCCAAUCCAGCAUCAGUACCUUCCGGUUUACUUUGGGAACGUCUGUUUGAGGUUCCUGCCAGUCUUGGAUGUCCUGAUCCAUCGAAUGAUCGAGAACACGGCUGUCCAUAAGGUUCUGGAGAACAUCUUGGAACAAAUCGGAUGUCUGUUUAAAUUCCACGACAGACCGAUCACCUACCUGUACAACACUUAUUAUUACUAUGAAAAGCUACUGGCGGAUCGACCAGCACUGAAGAGAAAGCUGCUUCAAACAGUGAUUGGCGCCUUCAGUGAGAUUCGCCCUAAGAAUUGGUGUAUAUCGGAAUCGUAUUUGACGUACCUUGGAGGCGGUAUGGACGAUAUGGAAUGGAAACCUGAUGCAGAAUACUAUCUUCAAAUAGCCAAGCGACUUUCGGACACGUUAACCGGCGUCUCACCAGCUCCGUUCCCCGACUGUGACUGGCGUUUCAAUGAAUUCCCGAAUCCGGCUGCCCACGCUUUGUAUGUGUCUUGCGUCGAGCUGAUGGCUCUGCCAGUGAGCAGUCAAAUCGUGGGCGCAGGACUGCUGGAUAUCGUCUUGAAGAGCUCUACCAAGAUUCCCCGGAACGUCAUUAUGUCGUGGAUGAACGCCGUUGGUUUGAUCAUCACGUCACUACCAGAAAGCUGCUGGUGGCCGGUCCUCAGUGAUCGCAUCAUUAAAACGCUUCAAGGGAAAGAACUUCUAAGCCUAACUGCACAAUCCAGCUACAAACUUUUUGAAAAGUUGAAUUUCAAGAAAUGUUACGAUACGUAUUCUGAAAAUGAAAGUAGUACAUUGUUGUGUUUAUGCCAUGCGAUCUGGCAUCAUGCAGGUAUUGGACAAUUAUCAUUGCUGCCAAAUUUCCUCAAAGACAAGGUGAAGCCGAUAGCAAAACGUGAAGAACAGUUGAUUUAUGUUUGCCAUCUUGUCGGACCGUUUCUACAACGACUUCACGCAGAGAGAACGCGGUCUCUUCUGGAUUUAACAGUCGAGCUGUACCAAAUAUUGCUUAACGUAGAUAAAGCGUGCGAACGCUUACAGUUCAUGGAUCCCAUAAGCGACUUUCUGUACCAUAUAAAGUACAUGUUCGUCGGAGACGGCGUUAAAUCAGAGACGGAAAACGUUAUAAGAAAUUUGAGCCCGUCUUUGCAGUUGCGUCUACGUUUUAUUUCUCAUAUCAUUAACGCAGAACAGGAAAAUAAAUUUGUUUGA